UUGGGAGGAGAGGGUAAAGUAAAACACUAAAACUAAAACUUUCAAAACAGUAUCAAAUGCGGUUUGUAUAGGCCAAACCUCCUGGUGGAGAAAUUAUGAGUUCCUCGUGGUGGGUAUUUUGUAUUUGACUCUAGAGAGAGAGAGAGAGAGAGAGAGAGAGUUGGGUGGGCAGUAGGUAAAGAACAGAACAGAGCACAUAAGAAGAAGAUCAGACCAGAGAAUGGCUAUCUCCCAUUGGAAGUCACCUCUGGUAGCUCACAAUCUCUGCUGCUACCGUGCUCUACACACCACAACAACAAGAACUUCUUCAACACUCUCCCUUUCACAACGUCCUCUCAGAUAUGCAGUGGUGGGCGCUGGUUUUGCUGGGCUCUCCGUUGCUUGGCACUUACUAAACAGUAGUGGUAAGGAUUUGGGAUUACGCAUAGACAUAUUUGAUGAAGUAGGCAUUGGCGGUGGAGCCUCUGGAGUCUCUGGCGGUCUUCUCCACCCUUAUUCCCCAAAAGGUAAGCUACUCUGGCGGGGUGCUGAGUGUUGGAAUGAGUGUUUAAAGCUUUUGAGCAUUGCUGAAGCAGCAGUUCCUCAAAACUUUAAUGAGUUCAUAGUUCGGAGAAGGGGGAUCUUGAGACCUGCGAUGAACUUGAAGAAUUUGCUUAUAUUGAAUGAUAAUGCUCAGAAUUGCCUUGCCAGUUGCAGAAUAGAGACCAUUGAUCAGGAUGCUGCUCAAAAUCUAACACCCAACUUAUGUCUUCCUUUCAACUCUGCCUUCUAUAUGCCUGAAGCUGUAAAUAUCCAUCCUCAACGCUAUCUCCAGGCACUCUUCUUAGCGUGUGAAAAUUUAGGGAAAGAACUAUCAAAUUCUGGCUUUGGAGUAAAAGAGUUACGUUUGCAUAAGAAUUCUAUUCACAAACUCCUAGAUUUUGAAGGGGAAUAUGAUGCGGUGGUAGUAUGUCUAGGUGCCAAAGCAGAUUUGCUUCCGGAGCUCUCUGGAAGGCUUCCAUUGAGGACUUGCAGGGGUGUCAUUGCUCACCUGCAGCUGCCUGAUGAUAUGGGAGAAGAUUAUCCAGACCAUGGCCCCUCAAUAUUGUCAGAUGCGUGGCUUGCCUUCCAGGGCCCCCGCAGUUUAUAUAUGGGCUCAACAUGGGAAUGGAAAUCAAGAAACUCCUCACCAAAUGUAUCAGCAGAUGAAUCUUCUAGUGCUCUUCAAGAGCUUUUGCCGAAGGCAAAUGUGAUAUAUCCAGCUAUAAAGGAUUGGACUUUUACUGGAGCAAAGGCUGGUCUGAGGGCAAUGCCACCUCUAACUCCACAUGGAUCACUUCCACUUUUGGGUUGUAUCAAUGAUGUUAUUGGUGGAAAUUAUGCUUGUAAUUUCUGGUUAUUUGGAGGGCUUGGUUCAAGGGGAUUGUUGUACCACGGUUGGCUCGGGAAAUUGAUUGCACAGGCCAUGCUGUGCUCUAAUGAAGAAAUGAUUCCAACUGAACUAACAUCUUGGAAGAAAAUAAAGCGAUGAUUCCUGAAAUUCUUCAAGAAAACCAUCUAUUGAAUUCUUAAUUUAUUUAGUUCUCUUAGAAAGAAGACAUGCUCAACUUUCCUCUUGCAAACAGAAAUGGGCCCAUAGAAUUUUUUUUUUGGGAGGCUCAGGUGGAGGGGGGAUUCUGUAACAACAGAGUAAACUGAUCUAUUACAAUUCAAGGUUUAAGAUUUAGGAAAA